AAUUUGUAUCAUAAUGUCCUGUCAAGGAUGAACCUAGGCACUUCGCGGUAAUCCAUUGGAAUUGAGAAACGUGGCAACAUUCAAAAACUCUAGCAGCCGGAGGGGAGCCAUGAUUUUCAUGUAUUGAUUCUUUGUUAUCCUGGGUUGACGACUGGAUGAAGGAUUGGACACACUUCGAUUCCUGAUGAGCUAGAGACAGGCAUUGCUCUAGCCCGCGUUGAACUGGAAUCCUCCUCCCACUUCAAGACCCAACUGUACAAUCUUCGUUCUUUUCUUUCAAGAAAUUCUCAUGUUCUUGAGCGAAGAGCCUUGUGAUGUUGGUUACAUAUCCUAUAUUAUCGGAAGCAUGCCGGUAAAUCCCCACCAGGCAGUCCAGACUUCACGAAAAAUGGGGGAGGAAAUUCAGUGGAAGACGCGUAGUUCUCAUCACGCAAUGCCGCAUGCGGUACCAAAGAGAUGACGAGCGUUGUUUGACCGUCCAGGCACCACAGCAAGCGCCGGGAUAUCGUCAGAUCAAUGCGCAUCUGACAAUCAUGAGGCAGAAACACGGUUUUGAUCGUCUCUCAGAUGAUCAAGUGAUACUUCUGCGUCCGGUACCGCAGAUCACGGACGUGCAGAUGAAGCCAUCAGUUACAUACUCACAUUCCGAAGCUCGAUAAUUGGGAGAAGCUGUGCAUUCACUCGAAGAGCAAUUCAAUCAUAUGGAAUCGACGGGGAAUCUCCGUCUUAUUUGUUGUGCACUGCUUUUCAUCCCGAGUAAUGCAUACCGGGGGAUCUUGUGUCCUGCAUGGGGAAGCUGAAAAUGGCGGGUUUAGUUGAGGGGAACAUCCAUAAACUGUGGUGUCCUUUGCUGACUCGUUUCUGCCUUCGGUUGGUCGUUGUCGAAUGAUGGAUCGCUCAAUCGUGAUUUAAGGAGGUGACCAUCUGAAUUAUGGGAGUGACUUGCCUGUGCAAGAUCUUGCAUGCAUUUUGGAACGAAGCUGUUGCAUCAAAGUUGAGCUCGAAUGAUGUGGAGAGAAUCAUUGUGUUGGAUUCACUAUGGAGUCGCCGUGUGAUUCCAUAGAUGCGAACGUUAUCUUCAGAGGUUUUGACAGACUCGCAAGACAUUUUUUCCUUCACGAAACUGCGGUUGAGCUCGAAAAUGAGUUUCCAUGUCUCACAACGGGCCUCAGCUGAAAUCCCGUUGAAGUUUUCGGUGUCAAGCUGGAAAAGUAGCGACAGUUGUUUACCGUUUAUUCGGUGAUUUGAGUGGAAAACACCGAGGUUUGAAUGGUUUAUCCAAUCGGAGGACUGCAUUCAUUCAACGGCUCAAGUUCAUCGCUGUAUAUGAGCACAUCGUUGCUUGAAAGAUGUGUCGUUGUCUAUCAACCGAAUGGAAAGAUGUGGUUACGUGCGCGGAUUGUGCUUGCGUAUGAUCUUCUCGAAGUGUAGCAAAGAUUCGUUAUAGCAUCCUUCCAUCAUCCGGGAGUCUUCAAACAAGGGCUUGUGGUUAUCUUCACUGUCGGGACAUGCUGUGCGAAUCUUGAACCGGAAGAAAAACCUUAUAUGCAUCGUUGCUGUGCAGAAAACGUCUCACUUCUCUUUCGCCGACUUCAUGAAAGACCUUUUUGCAAUCUUGAAAGGUAGUGACGGCCAUUCCUUCAGUGGCUGAAACAGCCUUUGUUGAUGACAUCAAAUGCCGAGUCGGAGCUUAUUCCUGUCAGUGUCUAUCCACGUACAUCUUCGAAACCGCGUUGUGAUGCCGCAUAUUUUGCCCUUGGUUUUAAACGAACCGCUAUCCGAAGUCUGAAUUCUACUGGGUGUCUGUUGAGUCGAAUGAGUGGGAGAUCGGUGGUUAGGUGGCAACAUUUCGGCCAGCUUCCCUUAGGAAACUUCAUCUUCCAGAGAGUCAAUUUUUCAUCCUGGUCAGAACCAUAAGAAAGCGAUAUUUUCCGUCCUUUACCUGGAAAAUUUGUUGCAAAGCACAUGAAGGGAAUAUAAAUCUACCUGUAUAUCCUGAAAAAAGAGAUGCGGUCUCCACGAUAAUCAAAGCAAAGCUUGCUUUGUUUUAAAGGAUAACGGAGGUAAACAAAUAAAUUCUGAUUGGUGUACAGUAUUAGAAUCUAAUUAAUAGCAGGAGAUUUUGUAUCAUGUUCGCUGCCUCAUUUUUUCAUCCCAUGGACUGCCAAGAGAAUCCACGCAUGAUUUUCUGUCCCGUGCCAGAAACAUAUUCCAUAAUGAAAUGAAGUUGGUGUGGAAGAGAUGACAUUGCCUUAGAUUUCCCAACAUGAACCUAAAUGUUUUCAAAACUCUUGCUUGAAUAUGUCUGUCUUGGAUUGCUUCCCCAUGAAGGAAUUUUUUAGUUGUAUGGAAUUUACCAAAUGCUGUGAAUGAUAUUGAUGGGGGUAUGACCACUGAACAGGAAGCACUUCUGGUCCACUUUUUUGUUUACAUGAUGAUUUUGCAAUUCAGUAUCUUGAACUGCAUUAUCUUGAAAAAAUUGUUGCUACCUGGAAUACCUUUCUAUGAAAGUCCAUUGCGAAAAAGUUUGUCAACACGAAUCCUAUUUGGUUGCUGUGCGCAUUCCAUGACCUUGUUUGGACCAACUCAUUAAAUACAGAUGCCCUGCAUCUACAACUUAACUUCUCUUCUAGACUUUGUUGUGAAACCUUGUUUUUGCCAAGUUGCUCCAAGCGUGUACAAAUCUAAUGUUGGUUGGAAAAAGUUGAGUCUUGAUCUUAAUAUUCAUUUGGAAAAAUUUUUGUGUACUGCACUUCUCUGGAGGAAUGCGGAAAAAUAUUCACAUUUUUUUUAGAACCCUGAGUUACUCAAGUUGUAUCAGCAUUGAACCAUUGACUGAACAAACCCUAACCAAAAGUGAAUCCGCUGGUUAGCAAUUGAAGUAUCACUUUCCUUGUUCUGUUCAUUUGAGAUUACAAUGGACAAGAAAAUGCGUUUACUCCUUCAUGUGAAUGGAAUUAUUGAUCACCUUCCUGUAGUACGAAUUAAAAUUUGAGACCUACUUAUUUUAAAUCUGGGAAAGGGAACAUCUUUCAGCUGAUGAUAUAGAUGUUAUUGCAAGAAGACUAAGAAGAGGAAAAUUAUUAAUUCACCACGUAAGGAGAAUGGAAAACGUUUUCUCUGGGCAGUGUUUUGAGUGGUUCUUGGUCUCGUAAGGAGCCAAGAAGGGAAGGAAGAUCCGAAAUUUUCAGUCUCAGCAAUGCUGAGUAUUAACCAGUUAGAAUGGGUGUGAAGAAGUACGUUUAAAUCAUUUUUAGAAGAAAGUUCUGGUAGGGCAUGGUAAUUCAAAAUGAUCGGGGAUAUUUUGUUUAGAAAUCGCCAUUGCUGUAUUUCUGCGCUGAGCAUUGCUGUACAGGUAUUUCAUAAAAUUACAUUAUUGUGUACACUAAAGACAAAUAAUACUGUAUUCUGUAGCAUUUAUGACAGGAUCUCUCCACUAUUCAAAAUUUACACUCCACUCAACAUCUGCCACAUUGAUUGGUGGUUGGUAACUCAGGUUUUUUUGGGCAUCGGAUAAAGAUGGAGAUUUCUCAAAAAAACCACAGGCAAGCUUUUUCCAGUGUGACCUAUUAUGAAAUUAAUAUUAGCAUUUUUUGGAUUUUAGAAUAUCCAUGCUUUGGCAUUUUUGUAUUCCAUAUUUCUGGAGAACUUUUAUCUUCACUAACUCCAGCAAUUUUUUGUGAGGAGAUUUUCUUUAUUCCUGUUGCUGGGAUUGGUAAAUUCACAACUCCUCAAAGUACAAAAUAGUAAGGCAGCUUUAUUUUGCAUUCAGCAGCAGAAAUGUAUUCAGACAGUGUCCAGAGAACAAUGAGCGCGCGAGACAGUAAAUACAGGUGACUAUAUAGACUUGGUUAGCCAGUAUGUUGCAAUGGUGGUCAGACCUGGAUCUGACCUAGAUUGGCAAGGGUUGCAUAACCCUUGGUGUGUGACUUGGUGGCGCAUCACUCAGCAAGGGGCAUGAGACAGGGAAUUGCAAUGCAGAUGGUUGAAGCAUCAUCUGCUAGGUUAAAGAGAACAACCAAAGUAUUCAUGACAAGGAUUACAAAACAUCCAACAUCUUUGCUGGAGAUUCUUGGAAGCCUGCAAAAGUGGUCAAAACCUUCCCCUCAACUGAUGGGGCCAUUAGAUGAGUUGCUGUGAUCACCAAGGAUGGAAAGGAGGACAUUUUAUGAGUGGAUAAGCUCUACCUGGCUGAGAAUGAUGUAAUCCCAAAAAAAAACUGGACUUCAGGACAAAGGGACAAUGCCAUGCAGCUUCCUUAACCAAUGUGCAGGAACCCUGCACAGGGGGGAAUGUUGAAGCUGCACCUUGAAAUAUCCUCUGAGACUGUAGAAUUUGUAUUUGAAAUUGAUUGAUAGGCAGGCAAUUGUUUUCCUGGACAUAAAACCCAAUUUUUGAAGUUAAAAAUCAAAAUUUUUUUUGGGGGCAAAUUCUGAUGUUACUGUACGUGGCCUGUUCCGGGACACCUGUUCCGCCAUGGGGCCCAUUCAGGGACACCUGUUCCAUAAUGAAGCCCUUCCUGGGACACCUGUUACAGAACAGGGGGUCAUGGUACCUUCAGUGGCAGAACAGCUGUCACAGACCAAGAGAAAAAAAUUCAAAUUUUUGUGAACAAAGUUUCCUUCAAAUAUUAGGUUUUUGACUGCCUUAAUUUCCCAACUCCAAAUUACUGUGUAUUGGUCAUUUGCUAGUAUUUGAAGGGUCCUUUGGCACAACGUCAGUGCCAACCCUCUGUUGGGGUAUUUUAUUUGGAAUGUUGUGUUUGAGAGGGACAUUAUACCUGAAUUGUUCUAUGAGGGAAAAUCUCCACCACUGUUCUAUUUUGUUUAAUUUGUGGUGAAUUUGGAAUUUCCCACUCCAAUGCAUUUAUGUUUUGUUGGUUAGUAACAUCCAGGCCAAGUUGGCAAGGCUGGCACAUUUAGGCCAACCUUUAAGUUGACUUCCACCCGUGUGGGAUUCUGAGAAGAAAGAGGUUCCCAGGCAGCAGCUGCCACUUGAACUUUCUUACCCUUGUUUUGGAAGCUGUUUUCCCCCUUUCCAUUUUGAAAGCUGUCAAGGGAAUUUAUGAUUGUUAUAGAAAACUUCCACCCCCUCUCUUCUUGACUCAGGAUUUCCUCCUGGUUUAGAACCAGUCAUAUCUGAGCUCUGUUUGGGAAGGGUGGUUCUGAGUUGUUCCCCAAUUGUGGGGAAUGUAUUCUGAUGUAUAUUUUGUACUGUCCUGUUUGCAAUUUGAUUAUGUAUUUCUAAUUUGUAUUACAGGCAAAAUGUUUGCAAACGCGCUUGAAAUAAGCUCUUAAGCAUGCUCUUUGUUGGAAACUGUAAAUUCAUGUGCUGUGAAUAAACUUGUGAAUAGCAAA